AACCACCAUCAGCUAGCCUUAACGACAAGUUGCUAACCGAUUUUUGACACUUGACCAAGCCACGAGAGACCGGUAACCCCGAGGAGCGACCGGUUGCCGCGGCCAGCGUGUCAUGCAGCUCUCUGAAGGGUAAUGAGCCGUAAAGCCUCGGGGUCUCGGCUCAGCGGCGCCCACAAACUGCAGCCACACUGGAACGACUGGCAGCCCAGAGUUGACAGUGUCUCUUCCGGCCCGGACCCAGUGAAGUCCAGAGUGCUCGGUUCCUCCUCGGUGUUUGACGUGUCGCCCUGCAGCGACCCCGACCAGCCGGCGGCGCCCAGCGAUGCCUACGCUGCUGCAGAGCCACAGCAGGAAGAAGAUGCAUGUGAAGCUGGUCCCGGUGGCAGUGAUACUACGUUUGGUUGGCAGUCGGUGGGGCAAGAGUUGAGGCCGGAUGAUGUGACCCCGGACGUGACCCCUUUUCAGCAUGGAAACCGUGCGUUAGCUUCAAAGGACAUGAGGAAGUUGCAGGACAGAGGCAUGUCUCACCCUGAGGAGUCCCGGCUGGCCAACCUCCUGCGCCGCGUCUCCAGGGAGGACGACCGCGACCGCAGGCUGGCCUCCCUGAAGCAGCUGAAGGACUUCAUCAGCCAGGGAGACAGCAAAGUGACCCUGGUCAAGCAGCUGGACUCCAUCCUCAGCACCCUGAGUGACGUCCUGAAUGAGGGCAGCCAGCUCCUGUGGGAGCUGCGCCAGGAGGCGUCCUCCUGCCUGCCCCUGCUGGUCUCGGGUCUGGGCCACGAGGCCGAGCGGCUCUUCAAGUGGCUCUUCCUCAAGCUCACGGCCAGCAGCCGGGAGGACGUCAAGCUGCUGUACCUGGGGGCAGCACAGGGGGCGCUAGAGGCUGCUGGGGAGAGGAAGGCCUUCUCUCACGUCAUGCAGCUGGUGAUGAGCAACCUGCAGUCCAUCCUGGAGAACGUGGACACGCCGGAGCUGCUGGCUCACAGUGUGAGGUGCAUCCUGCAGGUGGCGCGCUGCUACCCCCACGUGUUCAGCACCAACUUCAGGGACACGGUGGACAUCCUGGUGGGCUGGCACAUCGACCACACUCAGAAGCAGGCGCUGACUCGGCAGGUCUCAGGCUGGCUGCAGAGUCUGGAGCAGUUCUGGGUGGCAGACCUCACCUUCUCCACCACCCUGCUGGGGCAGUUCCUGGAGGACAUGGAGGCCUACGCAGAGGACCUGAACCACGUGCUGGCGGGUGAGGUGCCGGAUGAAGACAUCCCCCCCCCCUCGGUGUCGCUGCCCAAGCUGGCGGCUCUGCUGAGGGUCUUCAGCACGGUGGUCCGCAGCAUCGGGGAGCGCUUCAGCCCCUUCAGAGGACCACCCAUCACGGAGGCCUACGUCACCGACGUGUUGAGCCGGGUUCUGUCCUGCGUGACCACGGCCAAGCAGGUCCAGUUCUCUGAGCCGGUGCUGACGGCGGGGAACGAGUGUGUGGGGGUGCUGCUGGCCGGCGUGGAGCCCAGCGGCCGGCUGCUGGAGGCCGUGCUGACCUACGGCCUGGACCAGCUGGGCUGCUGCCGGGCCUGUGGGCCGGACUACCACCUGGCCGUGCUCAGCCUCGUCACCCUGAUCGUGGAACAAGUCAACAACAAGCUGCCCGCCUGCUUCGUGGAGAAGCUGCUGGCUCCAGACUCCCAGCUGCUGAAGCUGCGCUUCCAUCGAGAGAAAGAGGUGACGUCAGCGGUCCACGGCGUGUACCAGGCCCUGCUGAGCCUGAAGAACAUCCCCACGCUGGAGGCGGCCUACAAACUGGUUCUGGGGGAGAUCUGCUGUGCCCUGUCCAGCCUGACGGGGGCCCUGGAGCCCGGUGGACCCAGCAUCCAGCACCCGGCCUUCGCCUCCCUCACCCUCCCCCAGGAGAAGGCCCAGUUCACCCUCAUCUUCAACCUCAGCACCCUCACCACCAUCGGCAACACCAAGAACUCCCUCAUCGGGAUGUGGGCGUUGUCUCCCACGGUCUUCACACUGCUCAGUCACAAUCUGAUGCUGGUCCACUCUGAGCUGGCGGUCCACUACCCGGCCAUCCAGUACGCUGUGCUCCACACCCUGUACUCUCACUGCACCAGACACGAUCAUUUCAUCUCCUCCAGCCUGUCCUCGUCCCCCUCCCUGUUCGACGGUGCCGUCAUCAGUACCGUCACCACGGCAACCAAGAAGCAUUUUGGCACCCUGCUGAGUCUCCUGGGAGGUCUGCUGGUGAAGGAGCAUCUGUACCCAGAAGCCAGGAGGCUGCUGCUCACCUGGGCCCAGGAGGUGUGUGUGCUGAUGAAGCGCUGUGAGUCCUACAGCCCCCUCUUCGCGCUGCCCUCCUUCAACCAGUUGUGCCGCGGGCUGCUGGCCAACGGGCUGAGCGAGGACCCGGCCGUGUGCCUGCAGAGCUGCCGCAGCCUGCAGGCGCUGUGCUCGGCCCUGAGCACCGAGCUGCUCCAGAGGUGCGUGGACGUCUCCAGAGUGCAGCUGGUCCACUCGGCCGUGAAGGUGAGGCAGGCCUACGGCAAGCUGCUCCGGGCCGUCCCCCUGGACGUGGCUCUCAGUCACCACAGCCUCCCCCAGAUGAGGUCCAUGUCUCUGGCCGUCCGCCAGCACAUGAGCCGGGCCCCCGGCAGCACCUUCCACCCCCAGGACUACAGCGACCUCAUCAGCUUCAUCCUCUACGGGGCCCUGCACCGCGGAGGCAAGGAGCCUUGGCUGGAGCGUCUGUACUCCAGCUGCCAGCGCCUGGAGAAGAGAGAGGGCCGUGGGGGGGCGGCGGCCCCCGGCCGGGCCCCCCGAGCCCUCCUGAAGACCGAUGCGGUGCUGUGGCAGUGGGCCGUGUGGGAGGCGGCUCAGUUCACCGUGCUGUCCAAGCUGAGGACCCCCCUGGGCCGGGCUCAGGACACCUUCCAGACCAUCGAAGGCAUGAUCCGCAGCCUGGCGGCCCACAGCCUGAACCCGGAGCAGGACGUGGGCCCCUGGGCCGGAGGGGACGGCGAGGGCCACCACUCCACCCAGCUGCGCCUGGCCCUGCUGCUGCAGUACGUGGAGAACCUGGAGAAGCUGAUGUACAACGCCUACGAGGGCUGUGCCAACGCGCUGACCGCCCCCCCCAAGGGCAUCAGGACCUUCUUCUACACCAACCGACAGACGUGCCAAGACUGGCUGACCAGGAUCCGCCUGGCCCUCAUGAGGGUGGGGCUCCUGUCGGGCCAGCCGGCCGUCACCAUCCGGCACGGCUUCGACCUGCUGGCCGAGAUCAAGAACAGCAGCGCUCAGGGCCCCGAGCUGGAGGCCCCCCUGACCCUCCUGGUGGAGGCUCUAUGUGAGCUGCGGUGCCCUGAGGCCAUCCAGGGCCUGGCCGCCUGGAGCCUCCUCGCCACGGGGAGGAGUCCUGGCUGGCUGGCGGCCGUCGCCCUGCAGGCGGAAGGCCGGUUUGAGAAGGCCUCUCUGGAGUACCAGGACCAGCUGUCGGCGGUCACAGGGAUGGACUGCAGCCUCCAGAGCGCUGAGUGCUGCCCGCUCCAGCCGUCCAGCAGCCCCAGCCACAGCAGCGCCGGCGACAGCAGGAAGACGGUGCUGCUCAAGUCCAGCGAGGGCUCUCCGGAGGCGGUCAACUUCCUGGUCAACAAGGCGUGUCAGUGCUACGUGGCGCUCUGCGAUUGGCCGUCGGUCAAGGAGUGGCAGGCCACCGUCAACGCCCUGAAGCAGAGCUCCAGCAGCCCGGCCGGUAUCGGCCUGAGGAUGGACUUCAACUACAUCCAGGCCCUGAGCCACUUCGAGGACGGGGACCUGGAGGGCUGUGGCGCCCAGCUGGAGCUGCUGCCCGGUGACGACUGCUCGCUGGCCGGCAAGGACAAGCUGGACCUGAAGAGGCUUCUGCCCUCCAUGAGUCCAGAUCCCACCGAGCUGCAGAGAGCCAUCGAGGUGCAGCUCCUCCGCAGCGCCGUGAGCGCCAUGACGACAGCCAAUCAGGAGCCAGAGCAGAGCACCGCCAAUCCAGAGGCGUUGGUGCGCUGCCUGAAGCAGACUGGGCGUAUCUGCCUGGGUCCUCUGCGUCUGUCCACCCUCACGCUGAGCGACGCGCUGCCCACACUGCCCAUGCUGCAGCUGCACUGCAGCGCCACGCUGGAGCACACGCUCACCGGCCAGCAGGACUGUGUGAUCCCUCUGUGCAGUGAGGCUCUGAGCUCCUGUAAGCAGCAGGACGUGCAGCCGUUCCUUCAGGCCCUCAGGUACACCAUGUUCCAGAGGCAGCUGCUGCUCAAGCUCAAAGGGUGCUCUUCCACCGUGGACGGACACCUGGUGGAGCUUUGCUUGACCGCUGUCAAGUUUGCGCGUAAGAAAGGAAACAUCGCCCUGGCGUCGCGCCUGCUCAGCCAAUGCAGCGCCGGCCCGCCGGAGGAGGAGGAGCCGCCGGGCCGGGCCUUCAGGAGGCUCCGUCUGGAGGGCCCCCUGGGGGAGAGGUGGGGCCCGGAGCUGCAGAUCGAGAAGGCCAAAGUCCUGAGGACUGCAGGCCAGUCGAUGGCGGCCAUGGAGAUGCUGAGCAAGGCCGCCCUGUCCUACUGCAUUGUGGGUAAGAAUGAGGGCGCCGCCUGCCGCUCGCUGCUCACGCUGUGCAAGUGGCUGCUGGCGGACUGGAAGGACAUGACGCCCCAGCUGAAACAGGUGGUGAGGUCUGGAGCUGGUAACUCGUCCUUGCCGCCGCUGAGCCGAACCAUUGCUGCUCUGCUGGAGCUCCCCCUGGAGGACCAGGGCAUCCCCCACAUCACCGCUGAGACCUCAGUGAGAGUUGGCGUCGGGGAGCCCGACUUCGUGCUGGGACAACUCUACCAGCUGUCCACCAGCCUGGCGCCGGAGAUGGCCAAGUCCUGGGCAGCGCUGGCCAGCUGGGCCUACCGCUGGGGCCGCAAGGUGGUGGACAACGCCAGCCAAGGGGAGGGACUGCCUCUCCUUCCUGGGGAGAAAAAGGAGAUCGAGGAGCUGCUGCCAGCCGGCACCACUGAAGAAGACCAGGACGCCAUCUUCAGCAUCCUGGGCCAGGCCAUGUGUCGGCCCACGGGCAUACAGGACGAGGACCUGGCCCUGCAGCAGGAGGACGACGACGAGGACGACAUGGUGGACGUGAUCUGGAGGCAGCUCGCCGCCUCGUGCCCCUGGCUGGGGGAGGCGGGCCAGACCGUCACGGACGGCUUGAUCCGGGUCUGGAGGCGGGUAGUGGACCGCAUCUUCGGCCUCUACCGGGUCUCCUGCCAGGCCUACUUCACCUUCCUGAAGCUCAACGCGGGCCAGGUGCACGUUGACGAGGACGACCCCAAGCCGCCGCCGACCUCUCACAGCGGCAAGCGGAGCAAUGACGACGUGAUCGUCAUGGCAACCCUGAGACUGCUCCGCCUGCUGGUGAAGCACGCCGGGGAACUGAGGGAGGGCCUGGAGCUAGGCUUGGCCUCCACCCCCACUGCGCCCUGGAGGGGGAUCAUCCCGCAGCUCUUCUCCCGCCUCAACCACCCAGAGGCCUACAUCCGACAGAGCAUCUGCAGCCUGCUGUGCCGCGUGGCCCAGGACUCCGCCCACCUCAUCCUCUACCCCGCCAUCGUGGGCUCGCUCUCCCUGGGAGCAGAGGCUCAGGGCGCAGGCAGUAAGCUGCCCUCGGCUCUGCCCACCUUCCUGGGCAGCAUGCGGGACAAGGGCCUGGGUGGGGAGGAAGAGGAGAAGGAGGGCGGUGACCCAGAAGAGCUGCCAGCCUUCUGCUCCAGUCAGGACCAAGCCAUGAUGCAGGACUGUUACAGCAAGAUCGUGGAGAAGCUGUCCUUCGCCAACCCCACCAUGGUGCUGCAGGUGCAGCAGCUGGUGGGCGAGCUGCGCCGCGUGACGCUGCUGUGGGACGAGCUGUGGCUGGGCGUGUUGCAGCAGCAGCACAUGCACGUGCUGCGCAGGGUCCAGCAGCUGGAGGACGAGGUCAAGAGGGUCCAGAACAACAACACGCUGCGCAGGGAGGAGAAGACGGCCAUCAUGCGGGAGAAGCACUCGGCUCUGAUGCGGCCCGUGGUCUUCGCUCUGGACCACGUGUGCAGCAUCACGGCGGCGCCGGCCGAGACGCCCCACGAGACCUGGUUCCAGAACACCUACGGGGACUCCGUCACCUCGGCCCUGGAGCGCCUGAGGAACCCUUCCAACCCCGCCAACCCGGCCAGCAGCUGGCUGCCCUUCAAACAGAUCAUGAUGAGCCUGCAGCAGCGAGCCCAGAAGAAGACCAGCUACCUGCUCCGCCUGGACGAGAUCAGCCCCCGCCUGGUGUCCAUGACGACCACGGAGAUGGCGCUGCCGGGCGAGGUGUCGGCCUCGGACGCCGUCACCAUCCGGAGCGUGGGCGGCACCAUCAGCAUCCUGCCCACCAAGACCAAGCCCAAGAAGCUGUUCUUCCUGGGCUCGGAUGGACGCACCUACCCCUACCUGUUCAAAGGUCUGGAGGACUUGCAUCUAGACGAGCGCAUCAUGCAGUUCCUGUCCAUCGUCAACACCAUGUUCACCAAGACCAACCAGCAGGAGCAGCCGCACUUCCACGCCCGCCACUACUCCGUCACGCCCCUGGGGACGCGGUCCGGCCUCAUCCAAUGGGUGGACGGGGCCACGCCCCUCUUUGGGCUCUACAAGCGCUGGCAGCAGAGGGAGGCUGUGCUGCAAGCUCAGAAGGCUCAGGACUCGUUCCAGCAGCAGCCGGUUCCUCCGGUCCCGCGGCCCAGCGAGCUGUACGACAGCCGCAUCGGGCCGGCCCUGAAGGCCGUGGGGCUCAGCCUGGACGUGAACCGACGGGACUGGCCCCUGGGCAUCAUGAAGGAGGUGCUGAAGGAGCUGAUGGAGGCCACGCCCUCCAACCUGCUGGCCCGGGAGCUGUGGUGUUCCUGCACCACGCCCAGCGAGUGGUGGAGGGUCACUCAGUCCUACGCCAGGUCCACCGCCGUCAUGUCCAUGGUGGGUUACAUCAUCGGCCUCGGAGACCGUCACCUCGACAACGUGUUGAUCGACAUGACCACCGGAGAGGUGGUGCACAUAGACUACAACGUCUGCUUUGAGAAAGGGAAGAGCCUCCGGGUGCCAGAGAAGGUCCCUUUCAGGAUGACUCACAACAUCGAGACGGCUCUGGGAGUCACCGGGGUGGAGGGCAUCUUCCGGCUGUCCUGUGAACAGGUGGUUCAGAUGAUGCGUCGGGGCAGAGAAACCCUCCUGACCCUGCUGGAGGCCUUCGUCUACGAUCCCCUGGUGGACUGGACCGCCGGGGGGGAGGUGGGCUUCGCCGGAGCCGUGUACGGAGGAGGAGGAGGCCAGCAGGCCGACAGCAAGCAGAGCAAGAGGGAGAUGGAGAGAGACAUCACACGCUCCCUCUUCUCCUCCAGGGUGGCUGAGAUCAAGGUGAACUGGUUCAAGAACCGAGACGAGAUGCUGGCCGUGCUGCCGCAGGUGGAGGAGGCUGUGGAGGAGUACCUGGUGCUGCAGGAGCUGCUGUGCCAGGGGGAGAAGCUCCAAGCCACGCUUCAAGAGGAGCUGUCCUUCCUGGAGGGAGCUGAGGAGCAGCCAGACCUCCUCACCCUGGAGCAACGGUACUCCGAACACACCCAGCUGCAGUCCCGGCAGCGCACGGUGCAGGAGGCCAUCCAGAGCAAGCUGGCUGACCUGGACCAGUGGAUCUCCCAGUACCAGGCGGCCUUCUCCAACCUGGAGGCCACGCAGCUGGCCGGCCUGCUGCAGGACAUCAGCGGCCCCAUCGACCUGGGGCCGCCCAGCUACGUGCCGGCCACGGCCUUCCUGCAGAACGCGGGCCAGGCCCACCUGAUCGGCCAGUGCGAGGGCCUGGAGGCGGAGGUGAGCUCUCUGCUGCAGCAGCGCCGUGGGGCCCUGCGCGGCUGCCUGGAGCAGCUGCACAGCUACGCCACGGUGGCGCUGCUGUACCCGCGGACCGCGCUGCUGCUGCACCGCGCUCACCAGUGGAAGGCCUGGCUGGAGGAGCUGCUGAGGGCCAUGACGGCGGAGCGCUGCCAGCACGUCUACCGGCAGUACGAGGUGCUGUUCGCCCCCCGGCCUGCGGCCGCCGCCUCCCACUUCCUGACCGGCGUGGAGUCGGCCCUGCGGCGCCAGGUGUCGGACGCCAACGAGCGUGUGCUGCGCCACGCGGAGCGGCUGAAGGCGGAGGGCACCACCUCCCUGGCCUGCCAGGAGCAGCUGCAGGAGAUCGAGCUCUGCAUCACGCUGUUCCUCCGGGAGCACGGGGAGCCGGGGGCCCUCAGCCUGGCGGGAGUCAUCACCUCGGCCCUCAGCGCGCUCUGCAGGAGGAACAUGGUGAUGGAGGGCGCUGCCUCCAGCGCUGAGGAGCAGCUGGUGGAGCUGCUCUCCCGGGAUGGGUCCUGGUUCCUGGAGGAGCUGAGCGGGAUGAUGGGGAACAUCAGCGCCCUGACGACGCUGCUGCAGCGCUGCCCCCUGCUGCCCCACGACCUGGACCUGCCCGCCCCCGCCGCCAUCACACAGGGCGUGUACCUGGCCAACGCCGUGUACACCUGCCUCCAGGAACUCAACACCAACUUCCGUCAGAUCAUCUUCCCCGAAGCGCUGCGCUGCGCGGUCCGAGGGGAGCCCACCCUGGAGGCCAUGCUGGCCGAGCUGCAGCAGCUGGUGGAGCAGAGCUCCGACGGCCUGGGCCUCCAGGGCCUGCUGGACGGCCUGCGGGGCGGCGCCGGCCCGGACCCCGACGGCCACGCCCACUGCCUGCACAUCACCAGGAUGCUGCGUGCCCAGUACUCUGAGCUGAUCCAGCCCCGUGUUGACGGACCGGGUCACGACUCCCCAAAGAUGUCCGCGGGCCAGAUGCUGCUGGUGGCCUUCGACGGCAUGUUCACCCAGCUGGAGGCGGCGUUCAGACAGCUCACAGAGAAGCUGAGUUCUCUGGAGGUGCCGUUGGCCUGGAGGAAGGUGGAUGUUCUGAGGGAGGCCCGGGCCUCACAGCUCCACUUCUUUGAUGGAGUCCACCAGCGCCAGCUCAUGGAGGACGUGUUCUUCCUCAAGAGGCUGCAGACCAUCCGGGACUUCUUCAGACUCUGUGCCUCCUUCGCCCAGACGCUGUCUGGUACCAGUUCCCCAGCGGAGGACCUGGUCCCCACUAACGGACCCGUGGUUCUGGGGAAGCCUCUGUACCGGCGGCCCAGUGCCCCCGGCCCCCCGGGUGUGUCGGUGGUCAGUGAGGAGCAGAUGACCCGGCCCAUCAAGGCCUUCACAGCAGCGUUUGUGGGCCAGGUUCUGAUGGGCCUGCCCAGCCAGGCUCUGGGUCUGGCCCUCUGCAGCACGCUGUCGGUCCUGGGCCUGGACGUCCUGGCCCAGGUGGAGGCCAAGGACUUUGGAGCCGAGAGCAAGGUGUCUCUGGAGGAGCUGUGCAAGGCGGCCGUGGAGCAGGGCCUGGCCUCGGGCCGGCUGGCCCAGCCGCUGCUCAGCAGAGCCACGGUGCUGGCCUCCUCCUACGACGCCGCCUGGAAGAAGGUGGACCUGCUGAGGAGGCUGGACGGCCACCUGGAGGCCGCCAAGGCCGGCCUGCAGCGCAGCCAGCUGCACAUCGCCAUGUUCCAGUGGCAGCAUGAGGACGCUCUGGGCUCCAACAACCAGCCCCUCAGCGCCAGCAUCCCCCCCCGCUCCGUCACCCUGGGCAACAUGAAGAAGAAGCUGUACAAGCUGAGUCAGGACGAGGGCGCCAUCGUGGCCAUUCAGGAGAAGCUGGCGUCCCUGGAGGCGAGCAUCGAGCAGCGCCUCAAGUGGGCCGGGGGAGCCAACCCGGCUCUGGCCCCCGUCCUGCAGGACUUUGAGAUGACCAUCAGGGAGCGCCGGGCCAUGGUGUCCAGAGAGAACCAGCGCACCAGCCAGGUCACCUUCCUGUGCUCCACCAUCCUGAACUUCGAGGGUCUGCGGACCCGGUCCCCCGAGGCCCUCAGCAUGGACGCGGCCCUGUUCGAGCUGCUGAAGCGCUGCCAGCAGACCUGCUCCUACACGGCCCAGUUCAGCAGCACCGUGUCGCCACUGGAGCUGCAGCUGCUGCACCGACUGAGGCCGGUGCUGGACCUGCCCAUCGGCAGCCCUGAUUGGCUGAGCUGUGCCCAGAGGCAGCUGGGGGAGGAGCUGGGCGCCGAGCGGAGGACCCAGGAGGAGCGCGAGCAGCAGCUGGAGUCCUGUGGGGAGGCCCUGCAGCUCCUGGUGGACUCCAUUAAGACCACCCUGUCCCACCACAACCGCCAGCUGGCCGACGUCAAGCACCUGCUGAGAGCCAUGUCCAAGGACGAGGAGGCGGCGCUGGCGGACGGAGAGGAGGUGGCCUACGAGGGCGGCGUGCGUCACUUCCUGUCGCUCUACAAGGCCUGGCAGGACAACAUCCAGCUGGUGCUCUUCACCGUGGUGCAGGCCAGCGGCCAGACGCACCGCCAGGAGCAGCUGGAGCUGCUGGAGGAGAUCCCUGCUACCCUGAAGGAGCUGCACGCCCAGAGCCAGAGCGUGUACAACGGCCUGGUGAGCUUUGCCUCCCCGCUGGUGACGGACCGAGAAGCUGAAUGUUCCAGUCCUGUUCCUGCCACACAGAGCAGCUUCGCAGCAGCUGUGAAAUGCAGCGGGGGGGUGAAGACCCAGCCAGACUCCAUGUCCCAGAAUGCCCGGAGAGCCCUCCCCCGCCACCUGGGCACGCCCACCGACACGCCCCCCAGCACCCUGCUGAUGAGCAGCAAGGGCUUCAACCCGAGCCCCAAGAGGGCCGUACGGGACCCCAAGACGGGACGAGCUGUCCAGGAGAGGAACUCGUACGCGGUCAGCGUCUGGAAGAGGGUGAAGGCCAAGCUGGAGGGCCGAGACGUCGACCCCACCCGGAGGAUGAGCGUCACGGAGCAGGUGGACGUGGUCAUCAAAGAGGCCACCAGCAUGGACAACCUGGCCCAGUUGUACGAGGGCUGGACCGCCUGGGUGUGAUCGCCGCAUCGUGUCUUUGGUCCAACGAAGGCUUGGAGAUCCACCAGAGUCCAGCGGGUCUGGGGUGUCGGACCGGCGGCACCGGGCCGCACCGGGGAGGCGAUGGGAAGCGGACGCCACGUCCGUCCUCCCAGACUCCCGGGAACCCAAACCGGGGCGGCGAUCUCGUAGCGCCGCUGCAACCACACCCCCGACCGCCGGUGCCGGGCUGAUGCGACGCUUUGUGGGCCCGUGGCCCCGCCUUCCUUUCUGGGGUUCGACCCGGCAACGCGGCGCCGAAUGGGGGAGGGGUAGGAGGGACCCUCGACUUAGAACCGCCCCCCCACCUGCAUAGCUCACCGUCGCGUUGCACCCGUCAUCGCCUCUGCAUCCUGCUGUGCCCCUCGAGUCCACCAGGGGGCGGCGGGGAGGAGCCGGGACCCCUGAAGCACAGUGGGCGGGACUUCACCGGGCUAAAGCUCCACGGAUUGGCCGUUCAAGGGCCACGCUUGUUUAUCUCUAAUCGUUUCCUCAGCGGCUGUGAUUGCGAUUGGCCCGUGGGUUAUCCAAUGAGAGUGAAGGAUUCCUCCGUGAACACCCACUGAGCAAUAAUCAAAGUGUAUUGAGCAGUGAAUAAAGGUGUGGACUUGUUCUCCGGAAGGUUCUCUGUGCUUUGUGUCUGAACCUUUGAAGGCCUGGGCGGUGAAGGUGAGCUCUACUCUUCUUCAGUGACUCCCGGCCACGCUGACAUUUUAUUCAUCUUGACUUUCUAGUUUUACAUUUUUAGUCGUAGUGUUUUUGGUGUAAGUGCAAAAUGUUUAUUCUUAAAGCUUUUAGUGGAUUUUGUUAGAUGACAAAUAAACAUGGAACUGAGA